AUGCUCAACGUCUUUUUCGACAUUCACUGCAUUGUUCAUCAGGAAUUCGUCCCCAGGGGCCAGACUGUCCCGACUGACUUCUGGGAAGGAGAGCUUUCUUAUCCCCCUGUGCCCUCGGCACAUCUGCCUGCCCUAGACAACAGGAAUAUAACCUCCAUUACAGCAGAAGAUGCACGUGAGGCGCUUAUUAGCUACGCAUCCAGUAAAAGCUGUUACAGAUCUGCACCGGCUCGAGAUGGAGUCAUCACCAGCUUAGAGCCCUUUAACACCUACAAGUAUCGCUUGGAGACUUUUGUUGAGAUGAGAUCUACUGAUUGGAGUCAUGAACCAUAUACAGGUCAGCCUGUGGAUGCGUGUAUCCAGCGUGCUCCAACAUUAUGGAAUAUCAAAGCCCAAGUCCCUGCUUUCUUUAAGGAUCAAACGCAGGACAUCAGAGUGCCGUAUACCUCCUCUGUCAAGACCUGCCAUGUCUGUAUAGGGGGAGGAAAGAACCAAUGCACGCUCUGUACAGGCUCUGGAGAACAAUUGUGCCGCAAGUGUGGCGGUGCGGGGUUUUCCUUGGGAUUGAAAACCUGCAUGGCGUGUGCUGGUCGUGGAAGACUUUACUGUGACAGGUGCUGUGGACAUGGCUCCUGUCAAUGUGAAAAGUGUCAAGGGAAGAAAAAUCUUCUUUUCUUCAACAAACUUAAGAUCACGUGGACCACUGAUAGAAAGGAAUGCUUGGUGAAGCAGAUGAGCGGUCUGAAUUCAGAGAUUCUCUGGAAGGUCUCUGGAAGGACGAUCUUCUCAGACUCCCAGUCCAAGCUUUCGCCAUUGGUGGGUUUCCCUGAUCCUACAAUAAACCAAGAGUCUGAUCGUUUAAUACGAGAACAUCAAUUUAAGUAUUUCCAGACAUCUCGCAUUCUUCAGCAGCGUCACACCAUCGAGCUGAUCCCCGUCACCAAGGUGAACUACACCUGGAAAGAGAAGCCCUACAAUUACAUUGUGUUUGGGAACGAGAACUAUGUGUACACUGACAACUACCCGGCCACAUGCUGCUGCUCUGUGAUGUAA